AUGGGUGAAAAGGUGAGCAACAACAGGAGAGAGAUUAUCCGUCCGGCCCAGACGGCAGAACAACGUAUGCGCCCAGCCUCGAUCGGCCAGGCAGAAUGGCAAGCUAUGCAGUUGUCGUCUUCUGCCUGCAAUGGGCAAAACUGCUUCCUCUGCCAGACCACUCUGUCCCUCUGCAUCCUCGAGGAUCCAGAGUUCUGCGGUUCUGACGCUACAGGCAGCCGCCUCGCUCCGGCUCGCCUACACCUCUUGAGACGCCCACAAUUACGGCCGGUUCUGGUCUCUCUCCAGCCUCACUCUACCCUCGAGCAUCCACCCUCGGCCAGAUCAAACAAAUCCAUCUGCCCAAUUGCAAAGAUGGCAGUUUCCCGGGACAAACUUCGCGCACUCGGCCAACGUGGAGACCUGUAA